CUCCUCGGCUCCACGGGCCCUCCGCCGGGCGGUGGGAGCGGCGGGAGCGAAGCACAGCCCUCGCCCCCGUCCCGCCGCCGCUCCAUGGGAGGAGCCCGCCGCCGCCCUGCGGGAAGCGCGGCCGCCGCGCGCCGGGAUUGAGGGGAGCGGGCAGCUCUGAGACGGCGGGAGGAUGCCCCUGUUCCGGAAGGUGCUGCGCGUCUCCAAUCGCUCCAUGCUCGCCUUCAUCUUCUUCUUCUCCUUCUCCUCCUCCUGCCUCUACUUCAUCUACGUGGCCCCCGGCAUAGCAAAUACAUAUCUCUUCAUGGUGCAAGCACGUGGUAUAAUGUUGAGAGAAAAUGUAAAAACAAUAGGACACAUGAUCAGAUUGUAUACUAACAAAAAUACAACACUGAAUGGAACAGAUUAUCCUGAAGGAAACAAUUCUAGUGACUGUGUUGCUCAAACAACAAUGUAUCUUCCAGAAAACUUCACUUACUCUCCUUACCAGGCUUGUCCAGAGAAACUGCCUUACAUGAGAGGCCUUAUUGAUGUAAAUAUGAGUGAAAUUAGUUUUGAUGAAAUUCAGCAACUAUUUUCAAAAGACUUGGACAUUAAACCAGGAGGACACUGGAAACCCAAAGACUGUAAGCCACGAUGGAAGGUGGCGAUCAUCAUUCCUUUUCGUAAUCGUCACGAGCAUCUUCCAAUUUUCUUCCGGCAUCUGAUACCAAUGUUGCAGAAGCAGCGGCUGGAAUUUGCCUUCUAUGUUGUUGAACAGACAGGUACACAACCUUUUAAUCGUGCAAUGCUUUUUAACGUUGGCUUCAAGGAGGCCAUGAAGGAUGUUGUCUGGGACUGCAUAAUAUUUCAUGAUGUGGAUCACUUACCUGAAAAUGACCGAAAUUAUUACGGAUGUGGAGAAAUGCCACGUCAUUUUGCAGCAAAGUUGGACAAAUACAUGUACAUUCUUCCAUACAAUGAGUUCUUUGGUGGUGUAAGUGGACUGACAGUGGAACAAUUCAAGAAGAUUAAUGGAUUUCCAAAUGCCUUCUGGGGUUGGGGUGGAGAAGAUGAUGAUCUUUGGAACAGGGUUCACUAUGCUGGAUACAACGUAACAAGACCAGAGGGAGACUUAGGGAAAUACAAAUCCAUUCCUCAUCAUCACAGAGGUGAAGUCCAGUUUUUAGGAAGAUAUAAACUUCUGAGGUAUUCCAGAGAACGUCAGUAUAUUGAUGGGUUGAACAAUUUAGUAUAUACUCCUAAAAUACUUGUCAGUAGAUUGUAUAAAAAUGUAACUGUUAAUCUUAUGCCAGAACUUGCUCCUAUUAGAGACUAUUGAUGGAAAUGGUGUGACAAGCUAUCCUACUGGAGUAAACUUUUAAUGCACUGGAAGGUAUUAAUAGACACUGAAGACGCUGUAAAACAAAACAAAAAAUCACAACAAUCAACGUCUUAGAAUUAGGGAUCUUUGUCCAUUUGAUGAUGCAUAUUUGGGAUGAGAAGUAAAGUGAUUGUAUGUGCCGUGCAUUCUGUUCAGAAAGAAAAGCCAGCAGCUACCACUCAGAUGUUUACAGCAUGAGACUACUGUUCAAGCCUUCGUUCUCCAUGUUCUCUAUCUUAACCACUCAGCUAAAUAAACUGCAGAAAACAGACUUGCUAGCUUCACUGGAAGUAGAGGCAUUCUUCUUCCAGGACUUUUUUUAUACUAAAUUGCUCCCACUCUGCCCUCCUGUAUUUAAAUGAAUGCUUUUGUUCCUUUUUAAAAUGUGUUUUGUAAAUAUGUGAUGUAAAUUAAUGUGUGUACAUUGCUUUUAAAUUGCUCAAUAUUUUAUGCUUCAGUAUGUAUUUGGGUGUGUUCUUGUUUGAAUUCUAUAGGAAUGUUUUUAUUAGCAUGAAAGAACAAGUAUAAGAUGCAAGUAUCCUUAAAAAAGGUUAUACCUUAUGUGAGAUGAAGGAAAUACUAAUUGUUGGCCAGCUAUGACUGUAAACUGUUAUACUAGUUUUGAGCUCUAGGCCUCCUGCAUAUCUAUAUAGAAGAAUCAAUUUCAUAUAUGAACUUUCUCCAAAAGAAAGCUUCUAAUUUUAUUUAUUGCCAGCAAAAUUAUACAAUACCCUGCCUGCCAUCUAAAUCAUAUUUAUAUGCCUAUUGCAUGUGUAUUAAGGAAAAUCUUGCAGUUGUUACAUACUAUGAUCUACAGGAACUCUUAAAUGUUUCCACGUGUGCCACUAGUGUCAAUGUCAGGGAUUUUAAUGCUAAAACAAUGUGUCCAGGUGCGUACAGUAUUUUGGUAUUGUCUUUUUUUUUUUAAAUACUAUUGAGAAGCACUUUUAUUCCUCCAAAAUCAGAAGAGCCAAAAAUGUGUCUUCAUUGGAAGAAUAUUAAAGUUAGAUUUUUAAGAAAAUAAUAAAACAUAGUUCUAAUGCUUGCAGUGUGGGGUUUUCAGAAACAUGGUGUGGGUCAAACUGUUCUACUUACGAUUGCAUAAGUGGAACUGAAAUUAAACUAAGUGCUUUUUAAAAUUCCACCUAUAAUAUAUUAAUCAAUAUAGCUAUUGAAGGGCCUAUUCGAGUACAGUGCUGAAUGCUUUUAUGAUGCACUAAGUAUCCUCAAGUCUAUGACUUCAAAUGAGAUUGAGGUUGCACAGUUCCACUAAGAAUUGGUCCUGUCUGUUUCUCUAUUUUUGUGGUGUAAAAUGUAUGAGUAACUAGCCUCUCUCCUUGGCUUAGAAUGAAAAACAUAUCUUCUUAUUUUCCUAUUAUCUGUUUGUUUGUAAUGUUAAGCUACUUAUAAGUAACUCAAUGCUAAGAAGUAUUUUUUCCUUUUUUUUUUUACAUUCUUUGUUUAACACUAAGGAGAAGGACUGAAACAUUUAUUUUCUAUGUUAAUGCAAAUAUAUUGACUAAACUCUCCUGAACUGUUUUGUUUGUCGCAGUUAUUCAACUCUUUAGGAACCAAAGACUGACUUCUGCUUCUGUAAAGAAUGGAAAGUAUCCGUAGAGUGUUCUGUAAGAAUGUAGGCAAAAAAUACUAACUCGUUACUAUGUGUUGGUUUCCUGAAUUACUGCCACAAAUAGUGUGGUGCUAUGUAUAUUUUGUUUGCCAUAAACACUUUUUAUUUCCUUGAUGAUCCCAGCAGCAAAUUUUGCUCUUAGUCAUUCUUAGGUAAAGUUAGGAUUUUACUUGUAGACAUCCCAAAUAUUUUGUAGAAAUGUAAUGAUUUAGUUGUAGUACUCAAGAGCUAAGGGAUAAACCUUAUGGGAAUUGCCCUAAAAUCUACCAGUUUAUCUAAUAUGCAUUAGCAAUGAUGUAGUGCAAUGAAAAUAAUGCAAAGUAUAAAGUGAACAGAACAUCUUUUCAAAAAUUAGAUCCCCUCCUGAUAUAUUUUUAUAACUGAGUGUAUAGGCUAUUCUGAAGCAUAUGGAUAAAGGGAGAUAAUAUAUGUAUGAUCAACAACAUCUUUAAAUAAAAUUGGUCUUAUUUCAUAACAGACUAAUACAAUUCUUUAAGAACUGCUGAAUAAAUUUUAAAUUGUUGUAAUUUUGAUGUGAUUUCUGGUUUUCAGUACAAAGUUCAACUACAAUUCAACACCUAUGAUUACCAAACAUCCUUUGGUACUGUACGUCUGUACUGUUUUCUGAAGCAUGCUUUUGUGCCCAUUUGGUAGGCAUUCUGUGAAAUGUGCAAUUUUUUAACCAUUCAAAUGCAUAUUUAUGCAUAGAUACAUAUAUACAUAAUAUAUUACACACUUGCUGUGGCUGAACUAACAUAACUUUACAGCUGUAAGUGAUUAAUCAUGUUUGGUCUUAGGAAAAAUAUUAUUUUAAACCAGGAUGUAAAUGGAUUAUGACAUAUAGCGGAGUUCUUGAAAGGUUUGCAUUUUUGGUGCCCAAAAGUGAUGGACGUUACCUUAUGAAAUGUUAACCAACACUCCUCUCUAAAUAACUUUGAUCACUUUGUUGAGAAGUUUUCAAAGGUGCCAUCUUAAAUUACAUCCAAAUAAUGUUUGUAUGCUAUCUGCUUGAGCUCAGUACUAUUCUGUACUGAAUUUUAACCUAAACAGUGCCUUGAAACAAAAUAAAUGCGAUGCAGAACUAAGAGUUCUGUACAUUCCUUUUGAUAUUUUUCAUAAUUCUUGUAAAACAUGGGGAGAGGCCAAGCACAUUGUUUUUUGCAUUGGUGAUGAGGCAAAUAAAGAACAUCUUCUCUUUGAGGAGUUAACUUGGAGGGAGAAGAAAGGAAUUAUUUUUACGAGAUUCUGAAGAUCUUGCAAUUGAGAGUAAAAAUUUUACAGAAAUAUUAACAGUAGAAUCUGCUUCAUAUGCUGAGAUACUCUUAAACCCAUUUUCCGCAAUAUAAAACUAAAUAGAAGAAUAUAAAAUAUAAAAUCCAUUUCAAAAUAGAAAAUAUAUUGAAAAAUGUAUGAAAUUUCCUUUUUCUUGGAUCUUGCCAGACUAUUUUUCUAUUACGUUUACUAAUGACUGUGUUGAAGUGGAGUUCUGAUGAGCCAGUUACUUAAAAAUAUUACAAGCACCCACUGCAUAUCAGCAAGAGGAAGUGUACUUAAGAUUAUUUAGUUUGUAGAGGUAUGUAAGAUAGGCUUAAUGAAAAAUGCACUGAAACAUAUGCUGGGAAUUUCUUGUGUACUAUCAUAACUUUUGUUUUUUUUUGUUGUUGUUGUUCAUGAGAAUGUUUGUACUUUUUUAUCAUUGUCUUUUAUGAAAUAUAAUGUUCUAAAGCUGG